GGGUUUCUUCCUCCGUGCACGUCCGGAAGGUGGGGUUUUGUGUUGUAGCGGACAGUUAGUCAUUCUGUGUUAAAUCAGUGGUACUUAGCAGCCCUAUGCCUCGGUAUGCACCAUUAACGCGCUUAUCAAGAUAGCAGCAAGAAAGGGGAGAGGCCAAAAUCCUGCUUUGGUGGUGUCAGUGAGUGUUUUGGGCAUAGUGACAGUGUGUGUGUGUGUGUGUGUGACGGUGUGUGUGUGUGUGACGGUGUGUGUGUGUGAGACAGAGACCAGCGAUGGCUGCCAGUAAGAAUAAGACCCAGAGUUCUCUGGCCCUGCACAAGGUCAUCAUGGUAGGCAGUGGUGGUGUGGGCAAGUCUGCACUCACACUGCAGUUCAUGUACGACGAGUUCGUAGAGGACUACGAGCCCACCAAGGCAGACAGCUACAGGAAGAAGGUAGUGCUGGAUGGAGAGGAGGUCCAGAUCGAUAUCCUGGACACGGCUGGACAGGAGGACUAUGCUGCUAUCAGAGACAACUACUUCAGGAGUGGAGAGGGCUUCCUGCUCGUCUUCUCCAUCACAGAACACGAGUCUUUCACAGCCACAGCAGAGUUCAGAGAGCAGAUCCUGCGUGUGAAAGCGGAAGAGGAUAAGAUUCCUCUGUUGGUGGUGGGGAACAAGUCUGACUUGGAGGACCGCAGACAGGUGUCUGUAGACGAGGCCCGAGCCAAGGCAGAGGAGUGGGGGGUGCAGUAUGUGGAGACAUCAGCCAAGACGCGAGCCAACGUCGACAAGGUAUUCUUUGACCUGAUGCGGGAGGUGCGGGGAAAGAAGAUGUCGGAAAACAAGGACAAAAACGGCAAGGGGAAGCACAAGAAUAAGAACAAGAAGAGUUUCAAAGAGCGAUGCUGUUUACUCUGAACGCAACAUGGACCUUUACAACACAAAACACCACAAUCUAUCGUUACGAGGAGGAACCAACUUGACCAGAAUCACAGAGCAUCCAUCCUCACGUUGAGUUGAAAUAUGUGUCUGUUAGUAUUGAAUCUGGCCAUAUUUUUAGUGCUGUUUAGCAGGUUUGGGGUCAGUUCUAUUUAAACUGUCAAUUCCAGAAGUUAACUAAUAUUCCAAUUGCAAUUUUGCUCAUUGCUUUUUAAUACAGAAAAUUGGAAUUUGGAAUUUCAGUUUACUUGUUGAAGUGAAAUGGAUUUUUUUUCCAACCCAGGUGUUUACCACAUUCUCAACCACUGUUUUUGCAUCUAAAACUUAAGCUUUGAUAGAUAUUCUGGACGUUUAUUUUUUUUAAUGGAAGGUGACCACUGUUCUGUGACAUGGACUGCAAUGCAUGACCUCUCCCCUGAUAACAACAAACCAAUUACCAAACUGCCCCAAACACUAACUUCAGUCUGCUUGGAUCUUGUUCUGUCUAUCUCAAUAUGUCUGUCCUUUAUGAUCAACAGAUGGUCAUGUCAUUUAUUUUAGUCUACAACGUGCAUGGUGAUUUUAAUCUAGAAUGGGAAUGGAUCUGUGAAUGGGGAUAGGUUCAGUCAAGGACAGAAAUGUAGCGAAACUCUAUUCAAUGCUUUUCACUGAUGUCUGUUUGUGGUAUGGACAUCAGACUAAGCUUAGUUUGUUAAUGAUUUAAAAAAGAAAUAUUUACCAGUUAGUAAGAGGGACUAGGACUGAACGUGUAAUUGUUUCCUCUACAAUAGGAUAAAGCAAUUGUCAAUCAAGAAGGCUCAUCGUCUUAGGAUUCAAAGCACAUGUGAUAUUAUUAGGGCCAGUCAGUUUACAUUGUCAGGAAAAACUCCUGGCCCUGGUCUAAGUAGGAUGGAUGUUGAAGUGUGAAUUUGUAACAGUUUACUAACCAGAGGUCCUGUGGUAAUGGACAGGCAGUGUUUCUGGAGACCCCUGCUGGCAUUCCUUGGUAAAUACAGGAACUGAAAAUGGAACUGCCCCCACAUCGAUUAGUCCUUUCGAUAUGGGUCAGUUGGCACCAUAAGAGUUGGCACCAUAACUAUCAGCCAGUCACCUUCAGUUUUGGGUUAUUAAUAUUUGUACUUAUUUUGGGUUUUAUUCAAAUGCUUUUUUUUGUAGAAAGUGCACUACAUUGUUGCCAAUACCUUAAAAAAAUAACUGUUCAGAGUUCCCAUGCUAGAGAAUGCUAAAGCAGUUUGUGCCAUCAACACAAGGAUAACAUGAUAUCGCCUACCAACUAAUCUCUAUAUAAAUAAUGUUUGUUAAUUAACUGAGUGAAUGUAUGUGCAUCAGACAACAGUUGAUACUUCUGGUUCCUUUGUGUCCGUGUGAAUGAAACCUGGGUCAUGUUAUUUGGCACCAAAUGGAAGAAAAUUGACUGAAACAGGAAGGGACUUUUUUGUUGAUGCUGAAAAACAUUGUGCCCUAAUGAACGCCACUCUGGUGAGGGACACAGUUUGUUCACUGUUAUUGUUGGAUCAGUCACUCUGUUCUGCCCUACAACAGUAAAGUAAUAUUUCCAACAACUGUCCUAACUGUUCUGCUCUUUUAUAAAAAUGUGUGUCCUCUUCUGUUGUUUUAAAGCUAGUCUACUAUUGCUAGGUUUUUCACUGUCUUCUGAACAAAAAAAUGACUUCAAAAUGUUGCCAAAUAAAUGCUUUUUUCUUAGUAA